AUGACUUAUGAUAAAACCCGCUUAAAAUUCAAUUCAAAUAUAUCUUAUUAUAAUCAUAAUAAACAAUUUGAUUUACCAUCAUUACUGGCUACUGGAAAAUUUUAUAUUGAUGAAUAUGGUUUUCUUGUUACAUCCAAUGGUACACGUUAUCGUAUCCCAUCUGGUCCACCAGAAGGUCGUAAACCAUUACAAUUUAAUCAAUUACCAAUUAUUAAUAAUAAGAAUAAAUCAAUAAUUCAUUUCAAUUAUCCAAUCAAUAUAAUCAAUAAAUCCCAUGAAACUAUUCAUAUUGAAUUACAAGAUACUCAUAAAUUAAUCAAUAAUUCUGAUCAUGAUUAUGAUGAAUAUCAUCAUAAUAGUAUUAUGCCCUCCUCCUCCUCCUCAUUAUCAUUAUUACCAUUACCUUAUAUGAAAUCCAAUCUAUCAAUGAAACCAUUGAAUAAUAGUUCAUCUAUGAACUUCAUUCAUUCAAAUCAACAUCAUCAUGAUAAUCAUCAUCAUCCUAGUGAUACAUUACAUACAUUGAUUGGAAUUUCGUGUAAUCAUAGUAAUCAUGAAAAUAAACAAUUGACUACUACCAAUACUACUAAUUAUGAAUAUAAAGAUAUAUUGUGUAAUCAUCUUUUUAAAAAUCAAUCAAUCCCAUGUCAGUGUAUUACUGAUUUAAACCCAGUGACUAAUUGUCCAUAUGUAUAUAAACAAUUGAAAGGUAACAAUCACACUAGGAAUACUACUACUCAUAAAGAUAAUAAUCUUAGUACUAUAAUGAAUUCUAAUAUUAAAAACUUAUCAUAUCCAUGUUGUAAUGUAAAUUCUAAUUGUGAUUUACAUUCAUCUCUAUUACAUAAUCAUAAAAAAAUUAUAUGUAUUGCAUUAAUACAAAAAACUACCUUAGAUACUACCUAUGAUAUAACAUAUCAUCAUGAAUUUAUAUGUCUAUUAUCGAAUUCAUUAGCCACAGAUACACUAUUAUGUGUUCGUUUAUACCUAGUAACUAUAUUUAUAUUAUGUUCAUUUAUUAUAUUCUAUAUACAAAUCAUCAUGAAAAUGGUAAUCACCAUCAUAGAUUUUACAAGUUUUCAAUUACCUAAAUAUUCUUUCUAUAAACGAUUUCUAUUUACUAUCAUACAUAAUACUACUAAUAAGCAUACUACUUAUAAUCAUGAUAGUAAUCAUAUUUAUUUUCAACAAAAUUUUGCAUAUAUUGCUUUAAUUCAUUCAAUUCCAUGGGCAUUAGCUGCUGGUACAUCAUUAUUGAUUGCUUUUUUAUUUCAAACACCUAUACAUUCAAAUUCAUUGAUAAUCAAUAAAUCAAUAUUUAAUCAUAGUCAAUAUACAUGGAUGGAAUCAAUCAAAUCAAAUCAUAUAAAUCUAUUAUUUAAUGGAUUACAUUCAUUAUUGACAUGUUCUAUGAAGAGAACAACAUCAUUAUCGGCAUCACUGUCGUCGACAUCAACUUCUAUGAAUCCUGAUGUCAUGACAACUAAUACUUCUACAUGGAUAUCAUCAAUUCUUUUAAUUAUUAUCCCAUUAUUAUUACAAAUAAUGAUGAUUAUAUUAUUUAUUAUAUUAUUAUAUAUGAUUAUAUCUUAUAUUAAUCAUAGAAAUUGUAUUAUAUAUAAAUUAAAAUUACCUAAUCAAUCAAUAGUAUUGAUAAUAUUGAUUUUAUUGAUCGAAUUGAUUAGUUUAUGUAUACCAAUUGUAUAUUAUUUUAUUAUGACGUAUUAUUCAAUUAAUGAUAAACAAUUAUUAUUUAUUACACGUAUUAUUAUAUUACAUUUUUGUAUUGAUCCAAUUUUAUUGAUUUAUAUAAUACAAAAAUGCCUUAGUAACAAACAUAUUUUAAUGCUUAGUAACAAAUUUAAUAUAAUCCAUAUGAAAUCAAUAAAAAAUAAUAAAAAUAAUCAAUUAAUUGAUUAUCAUUCAUUAGAAUGUAUUAAUAAUAAUAACAAUAAUGAUAAUAAUGAAAUGAAACCAUUAACAUCACCUAUACAUUUGUUUAAUUGUUUACCAAUGCAUCAUUCAAAUACCAUUACUACUACUACUUAUACUACUACUAAUACUACUUAUAAUAGUAAUAAUAAUAUUCAAUCUGUUGUUAUGCCAUAUUUAACUGAUUCAGGAUAUUUUGUAUCAACAAUCAAUAAUCAUAAUAAUAAUGAUAAUCAUUCACUGAUUACAUCAUCAAUCAUCAAUAAUGAUAAAAUCAAUAUGAAUAAUUAUAUAUUACCCAUAACAACGGAUACAAUUGAAGUAACUAUGCCUAAUAUAUAUCCGAAUAAUAAUAUUAAUAAUAGUAGUAUUACUCGUAGUAGUAAUAAUAAUAUACAUCUAAAAGAUUCAUCAUUAUUAACCCCAGUUACAGAAAUGAAUAAUCAUAAUACAUUAAUCUAUAAAAAUAUGCAUGAUGCCUAUCCACAAUUAUGUCAACAUCAUCAACGUUUAUUAGCUGAACAAUAUAAACAACCAAUUAUGGAUACAAUAAAACGUAAUCGUCAUUUUACUAAUGUACCACGUAUGAAUCAAACGGUAACAACAACACAUUUUAAUGCAUUAUCUCUCAAUAAAUCAAUCAAUGAAUGUUCCAAUAAUAAUAAUACAAUACCUCAUAUAAUGAAUGAAAUGGUAUGUACACAACAGCAUAGUACAGCAACAGCAGCUGUGAUGGCAGCUGCAGCAGCUGCAGUAGCAGCACAAGCAAGUACAUUAACUAAACCAAUACAUUCAUUAUUAGAUUCAAUACAAAUGACACCUAAUCCAUUAUUAUUUAUAAAUGAACAAAAAACAAUAGAACAAUCUAUAUCAAAUGAUAAUCAAUAAUGAAUUAUGAACAAAUGAAUGAUUAAGAUUAAACAAGUGUAUAAUAUCAGAGGAUGUUUUGUGGAAAUUUUUUAGAAAUUUCACUGAUUAAAAUCAUGAAUCAAUUGAAGUUAGACCAUCAUAGAAAACCUGGAAGUACUAGAUGGCCGUUACGUCCUAGUAUGGGACUCCUCAGCAGUGUACGGUAGUACAACUUCGUGGAUUAGUUGAAGGUGGACAAUAACACCGCUGGAUGCCGGCUCAGUAGUCUAGUUGGUUAAGCACCUGACGCAAGACUGAUAGGUCGUGGGUUCGGAUCUCGCGGGAUGCGGGACUGCUGAGGAGUCACAUGCUAGGACGAAAUGGCAGUUCAGUACUUCCAGGUUUUCCAUAGUGAUCUAGCUACAAUUGACUCAUGAUUCCAAUCACUGAAGUGUAUUAUAAUUCAAUGAUUCAUUCAAUUCAUUAUAAGAUGAAUAUUAUUUCUGUAUAUAAGAUUUUUAUUCAUUCAUU